UCGGGCUUCUGAAAAUGAGCCGUCAUAAAAUCAAUCAGGCUCGCUCUCCCAAGCAAGGGAGUGACCUUCUCAUUUGCCUCUCACUCCCCGACCGACCGUCGUUCUGUCGCUCUCAACAACAGGACAAAGGAGGAUAAAUCGAAAGCAAGAUGUGGAAGACAUCACUCGCCUUGAAAGUCGCUCUAGGCUUGCUCAUGAUCGAUUCGAUUAUCGAGCUGUCGUUCGUGAGCAGCAUGGUCGCAUGGUUACACCGGACAGCCAGCAAAGGAUUCACCGUCAACCAAGAUGGCACAACCUAUCUCCUAGCCGGCAAACCUCUAAACUUGAUAGGUGAUCAAGGCCAUACGAGUAAUGGUGCUGCCGGAACCGCUUUUGUCCUCAUCGGACUCGGCGGCAUCGUGUCUCUCUGGCUUCGGUAUUGGGCUCGCGACAAAGUGGGCGGGCUGGGAAAUUUCGCUCGGUUCCUAUACUACCUUUGGGUAGGGCUUAACAUCCCGGCACUCCUCCUCACGAUAGGCGCGCUCGCCUACGUAUUCGCGGUCACCAACGCGCACGACGGGCAGACGAUCGACGCCUCGCUGGCUGCAAGUCUGAAUGGCAGUCCCUAUCCCGAACAAUCUUGGACACCGCAAAACUGGUUCUCGGCUGUACUUCAGCUAGACCUAGUCGACGCGAGAAGCGACAUCCAAAGCCAUUUGUCCGUUAUGAGAGGGUGGCAAUACAACCUGAUCCCGAUGUUCAUCAUCCAGCUCGGCUUCACGAUCCUCGUGCUAUGGGAGUUCACCACUUGGCGGAAGCAGAGCAAUGUCACCCGUAAUGUCAUGGUAGAGAAGUAAUAUCUAGGCAAUGUUGGCAUUCAUAAAGGAGUCUCUGGGGGAGGUUUUUCUCGUUUCGGAGUUGGGACGCACGACAGCAAUAAUUUUGGGAAAAGUUUUUGAUCAAUCCGAGAAUCUAGCAGCAGCAGUCGGUCGCUAGCACACAUUCGAUACCCUUCGUAAAUUCAUUAUGUAUCAAAAUGCCUAGGUAAUUAAUUACUUCGACGCCUUUACUAGGUAACCUAUGUAUAUAAAGAUCCUUCCGUGCAAUUGAACAGCAUUUGAGCUAGGACUAGGUAGGCAAAAGCCUCAAUGCUAUCCUCUGUUUAAACUACGAAGGAAACGUUCUU